UUCAGUGCUCACUAACUCUGACCUCGCGUCGGAAAGCUCCCUGCACAAAUCCAUUUACCCCGGACACUCACAGCGCUGGUCUUAACCGCGCCAGGGAUCCCGAGACUGCCAAGAAGAUGGAUGUAGCUCACCCCGAGGAAGUGACCAGGUUUUCUCCAGAUAUCUUGGAGUUGAUGGAAAAGUUCAACGUUUCUGAGGCGUGCUUCCUGCCCCCUCCGAUAUCCAUCCAACUCAUACUGCAGCUGACGUGGUUGGACAUUGGUGUCUUCGCCGCAUUGACCGCGAUGACUGUGCUCACCAUCGCCAUUUACCUGGAGAUCACCUGCUACCUGAUGGACAAGGUGAAGUGUCCCAUCAAGAGAAAGACUUUGAUGUGGAACAGUGCAGCUCCAACCGUCAUCGCCAUCACUUCCUGCCUUGGUCUCUGGGUCCCACGAGCCAUCAUGUUCGUGGACAUGGCGGCUGCCAUGUACUUUGGUGUUGGCUUCUACCUGAUGCUGCUGAUCAUCGUACAGGGGUACGGUGGAGAGGAGGACAUGCUCCAACACCUGGCCACACACACCAUCCGUAUCAGCACCGGGCCCUGCUGCUGCUGCUGCCCCUGUCUACCCCAAAUACACCUCACACGGCAGAAGUACAAGAUCUUUGUGCUGGGAGCUUUCCAAGUGGCUUUCCUCCGGCCUGCCCUCUUCUUGCUGGGCGUGGUCUUGUGGACAAACGGCCUCUAUGACCCAGAUGAUUGGUCCUCCACCAGCAUCUUCCUCUGGCUGAACCUGUUCCUGGGUGUUUCCACCAUCCUGGGGCUGUGGCCGGUCAACGUCCUCUACCGACACUCCAAGGUGCUCAUGGCCGACCAGAAGCUGACCUGCAAGUUUGCUCUGUUCCAGGCUAUCCUGAUCCUGUCCUCGCUACAGAAUUCCAUCAUUGGAACACUGGCGGGAGCGGGGCACAUUGGCUGUGCUCCUCCCUAUUCUGCAAGGACCAGAGGACAGCAAAUGAACAACCAGCUGUUGAUUAUCGAGAUGUUCUUCGUUGGUAUCCUGACGCGGAUUUCCUACAGGAAGAGGGAUGACCGACCGGGACACCGACAUGCCGGUGAGGUCCAGCAGAUCGACAGAGAAUGUGAACAACCAGCCAUCGCCGACCAACAGGCUGAUCACUCCAGCGUCUCCCACAUAUAAACACAGAUCAACAACAUAACUACUUGGAUUAAAAUGUGAGAUUUUGCAUGGA